GUGGCAUUUGAGUGGGGAAUGUUUCGAACUUGGCGGCACUGCGGACACAGCGUGAUGCUUUUUUUCGAUGCCGGAAACCACGGAGGAAAGUGUGGAGGGAGAAAGGAGAACUGGCUUUUGUUGGUCGGUGGGAAAAACAGAGUUGGGUCUUGGGUCUCGUUCUGUGCGCUCGUGUUUCAGUGACAACGGAAGACAGUGUGUUGCGUUCAUGGGUGUCAUCGUUUGCUCACAAUGGAUUUCCCUCAUGCUGUACUCUGGAUUGCAGCUCUCUUGGCAACUUUCCAAGCGGCACGAAGUGUGGUGGUGACCGAGGUCCGGCUGUUGUCCGACAGCAACAAGACCCAAUACGUGGUGCAGGGUGAAGGUGCUCAACUUCUCUGCUUUUUUCUUCUCUCUCCGCGUGAGGACUUGCGCCGUGUUCUCUGGUACAAAGAUGGCGCCGAGGUUUAUGUGUGGCGCAAAGGGCGGCGGCCACUCGCGCGCAAUCUGUUCGAAAAGCGCGUCGACCUCAACAAUCGUUCACCGUCCUUCAUUGUCAUCAAUGGUGCUCACAUGGCCAUGCAAGGAAACUACACUUGCAAGGUGGAAACAGACCUGGGAGUCUCGCAGAAUGACUUCUUCCUGACUGUCAUCGUUGAUUCUUGUAGAGAGGACAGCUGGACAACGUACUCUGAUCGCGUGGCGUGCACGGAGACGGUGGAUCUCGACUGUAGCGGCAUGUUCCCCAAGCCUUCGCCCGCGUGCGGCGUUUACAAUGAGCGGACAGGCGUUUACCUCAACACGGUACCCUUUGACCGCGUGGACACGUCACCCGGGAACGCCACCUUCGAUGUCCGUCUGCACCGUGUCUUCCAGGUGCGGGACUGGCUCGCAUACCGACACCUCAGCUUCCGUUGCCACAUCAUCGUACUAGGAACUGACUGGCGGAGCGGCAUCUCGCAUAAGCUAUUCGGAGAUGCUGGCUGCCCACACGAUCCUCCAGAGAUCGUGAACGGAUACUACAACAUCACGGGCGAGGAGACCUGCUGGCGGACGCCUGGCGAAGGGUCCCGCGUCCGUUACUUCUGCUUGGAAGGACUAGCCCUGCUGGGUCCUCAUGAGCUCGUCUGCAGGAACGGGUCUUGGGUCCUACCUCAGAUCGCAGCUCCCGUCGUGCCGCUCAAACACAUUCUCUGCGAGGCAAGCGGUCAGCCUACCCGGUGCCGUUCUUCGCUGCUGCUCACUGCCUUGCUGUCGACACUGCCCGUGUUUGCUGCAACAUUGCUCUUCAUUAUUCCGUCAUAUUAAACAACUGGGUUCAUGCCAUGGACGAUGCAUGGAGCCACCUGUACUGCCAGCAGAAUUCCCUCCCACGUGCAGCGUGUGCGUCUAAACGCCCCGCAUGAUGAUGAUUGAAGUCAUCAUCACAAUACGGUGUUUACGUGGCGCCCACACUCCAAGGAGAACUAAAGUACUACUUUCGUUUCGGCCCACUGUUUCAGUUAUCUGGUCCGAGUUCAACUACAAGUAAAGGAACGAUACUUCUUGUA